GUUGUGCGAAUUUGUCAUUGUCCUCCUGCCCAAGAGCUAGCGUCUGCCUCCUGUGUCACUGGGACUUUGGCCUUGGGUGGAACUGUUUUCCCAUUUCAAAGGGGAUCUGUGACGCCAUUAGCUGUCCCUGUCCUGGGAGAGUGAGAGCAGGGAUCCCUGGGAGGGACAAGUGGGGUCCCAGGCCCACUCAGAUGUGCGCUGUGGGGCCGGGUGGGCUCACUCACUCAUUCCUCCAAUGUAUAGGAAGGGCCCCCAGGGCGAGGGGCUUUUCUAGGAACAACCAUCAUUUAAUGCAUCGAGCAGACAUCAGCCCUGCCCUCCAGGGCUUCCAUUCUCUGGGGUGUCACACUGUCACACUAGACAGCACAUCCAGCUAGUGUGCUCGGGACAGUCCAUGUGACGCCUUCCUGCUCUCCUCUAGAUACGGAUGCAUCCUCCCUGUUAUGGAAGAGGACGGGGGACCCCUGCACCAGCUGAAACAGGCCAUGUCCUCCAUCCUGGGCACCUGGCUGUUCCAGUACCCAGACGAUUUCCACCAGCCUCCAGAAUUCCCAUGCCUUAAGACCAUUGUCGCUUACGUAGAGCUCAGCAUGCCUGGCUCCGACCUGGAGCAGCAGGCCCACCUCCUCCUGGCACAGCUGGAGCAACUGGAGCUCCCAGAGGCAGACAGUGAUGCUACAGCACCAGCUCCAGAACCCGCUGGGGAAGCCCCUCUGGAUGGAGAGCCAGCUCCAGCUCUCCUGCCUGCAACAGCACCAGAGCCAGAGCAGAGGGACGCGCUGUCCUGUGAGGCAGCGGCCUCCUCUCCCUUGUCUGCUGUGGACCCGGUGCCCAGCUCAGGGCCUCCAUCAACACUCCCUGAGACCCCGCCCUUGGUCUAAUCUCAAUACACUGUAAUUCACAAAAAGAAGUUGGCCACUGAGUGGAAGUUGUCCCUUGGGAUACACAGACAUGUGUUAGUCUGUGUCCAGCACCCAUCUGUGUCCACCUCUGUCCCUUCCUCUCUCCCUCCAACCGUCUGCGUUUGUAAAUAUCUAUUUAAAUAAAAGACUUUGACAAUCA